AUGGCUAACAAACCGAGUCAUCUAGAGCCCUCACCUCUAGGCACAAAAGAAUACUGGGAAACCCUCUACACAACCGAACUCCACAACCACACCCUCGACACCACCGACGAAGGCACAAUCUGGUUCGCCGAUUCGGCCGCAGAAGAUAAAAUCCUCCCAUUCCUCGCGGAACAGAUCUUGGAUAAGCAGAUCUUAGGCCCGGAAACAGGGGCGGAGAAUUGCAGUUUUCUGGACCUAGGGACGGGCAAUGGACAUCUGCUUUUUAGAUUGCGUGGAGUAGGAGAGGAUGAGGAGGACGAGGAGGAAGUGAAAUGGACGGGCAGGAUGCUGGGUGUGGAUUACUCUGCCAAGAGCGUGGAGUUUGCGCGGAAACUAGCGGAGCAGAAAGGGUUGGAUGAGAAGGAUAUUGCGUUUCAGCAUUGGGAUAUACUUAGCUCGCCACCUGAGGAUAUUCUUCAAGCCGAGCAAACGGAGGGUUGGGAUGUGGUUCUUGAUAAAGGCACGUUUGAUGCUAUUUCUCUUAGCGACGAGGUUGAUGCGCAGGGAAGGAGGGUGUGUGAAGGGUAUAAGGGAAGAGUGAUGGAGCUUGUAAGGAGGGGCGGGCUGUUCUUGGUUACGAGUUGUAAUUGGACGCCCGCGGAGUUGAGGGGGUGGUUUGAGGGGGAGGGAUUUGGAGUUGUGGGGGAGAUUGCGUAUCGGAGGUUUAGGUUUGGAGGAGAGGAGGGACAGACUAUUGCGAGUGUUUGUUUUAGGAGGGAGGAAUGA